CAUGCCGUAAAUGAACUGAUCCACUCCACAAUGAUAGCCAGAACUGUGAUAGCAGUUGGACUUGGUGUUGCAACUGUUGCAUUUGCAGGUCGUUAUGCUUUCCACCUUUGGAAACCAUUGGAGCAGGCAAUUACAGAGACAGCAAAGAGGAUUUCAACUUUUAGUCUUUCAUCAUACUAUAAAGGAGGAUUUGAACAGAAAAUGAGUAGGCGAGAAGCUAGUCUUAUUCUAGGUGUAAGUCCAUCUGCUGGCAAGGCCAAAAUCAGAACAGCCCAUAGAAGAAUCAUGAUUUUGAAUCAUCCUGAUAAAGGUGGAUCACCUUACUUAGCAACAAAAAUAAAUGAAGCAAAAGACUUGUUGGAAUCCACUGUCAAAAACUGAAAUCCGAAGCCUUGGGUCAUAAGAGAUUCAGCAGAUACGUUGUACAACAGCUUUCAUAGCUACUUGCUCUGCACAGUUUCUUAACACCGCAUUGAUUGUUCCUAUUUAUUGUCAUAAUUAAAUGUUUAAGAUUAUUUAAAAACAAACUGAAAUCUUUUACAGU